GCUAUUUUCACCGCUUCUAAUGAAGAGAUUCAGACGGCAUUCAAAUAUGCCAUACAUUUGCAUAACUCCAACGAAUCCAACGCCAGAUUCAAAGUGGAGGCAGUGGUGGAUGUGGUCGACACCGACGACCCCUUCAAAGUGAGCCGCGCGAUAUGCCUUCAAUUAAGCCGAGGUGUCUAUACACUGGUCUCGCCGAUCAUCGGUCACGCCUACGAGACAUUAGUAUCGUAUUCAAACAUGUUUCAGAUGCCUUUCGUUCACUUGGGUUUCAGCCGUACCUUUGAUGUGAAUCAUGCAAACUAUGGCAUUUCAAUGAGACCCAGAUAUUUGCCGGCAAUCGUUGAUGUAAUCAAGUUUUAUGAGUGGAAGACCAUUAUCUAUAUCUAUCAAAGCGAUGAUGGAUCUGUUCACUAA